AUGAAAUAUCUGGGCCUCACCCUGGAUGGCUCUUGGGGGUUUGAGCAGCACUUCGCGGCUCUAGCCCCCAAGGUCGGCAGGAUAGCGGAAGCUCUUUCCCGACUCCUGCCGAACAUUGGCGGCCCUGGCGUGAAGACACGCCGUCUUUACGCCAACACCGUCCUGUCGGUGGCCCUUUACGGGUCACCGGUGUGGGCGGGUGAGAUGGCGGCUAGCGCCCGCAUACAAGCCAGUAUGCAUCGGGCGUUGCAGCUGGCCGCCAUCAGAGUCAUCCGCUCGUACAGGACGGUGUCGUAUACGGCGUCGACCGUGCUGGCGGGGAUCUCCCCGGUAGAGUUCCUCGCGGAGCAAUACCGGGAAGCCUAUAAUGGCCUUAGGGAUCUCCGCAGGGAGGGAAGCUUCCCUCCCGGCGCGGUCGACCGUAUGAGACGGCAGGCCCGGGCUCGGGCCAUUUGCUCGUGGGAGCAAUUCCUCGGGCGGGUGGCCCGAGUACGAAUAUCUCUCGGGCCGUAG